UAUUCACUUUGACAUAUACAAGCAUAUUAAUUAAGCUGGAACUAAUUCACUGUUUACUUGAAUUUGAAUUUGAAUUGAAGAAGGAAAAUCUGUGUCCGGUUAGCACCAUUCAGGUAGAGUACUGGCAGUGUCCUGAACUAAACCUUCUCUAUAACUGUCAUCAAACCUUAAACUACAAGGACAUGAGUGGUCAGAAAAUAUUUAUACACAAGGACUGGGAUGAUCACAGACUAGAGUCUGCUGUAAAAAUACAGGUUCAAAAUAUCCAACAAUUUCAGAGAGUUCCAAGGUUUAGCUCCGCUGAGUUUGAAAAGAAGAAAAUCCCCGAGAAUUUAUUCAAAUUUCUUCUCGGGAAAAUGGAUUUGGCCAGUUCCUUUGCUGAGCCCUGUGCUCCUUCAGCUCACAUCAACUGUACACCUAGGGACAGAGUGGCGGAGUAUAUACCUCUGCAGGAUGUUAUGUUGGUUCGAUCUACGUUGGAUGAGUUUCUGCGACCAAUUGUUGAAGAAUGGAGUGAAACAAAAUUAGAGUUUUCUGAAACAUAUGGAGUCCGUAGAUACAAACAUGGAGCUAGGCUGGCUCUCCAUGUUGACAAAAUCGAGACGCAUAUAAUCUCUGUUAUUCUGAAUCUUUCCCAGAAUGUAUCAACUCCUUGGGAUCUUUUUAUUCUUAAUUCAGAUAGAGAAGUGAACAGGAUACUGCUACAUCCCGGAGAAAUGAUCUUAUUUGAAUCUGCAAGAUUACCACAUGGAAGACAGGAUCCUUUAGAUGGAGAAUCCUAUGAUAAUCUUUUUCUCCAUUUCAGACCAGUUGGUUGGUUCGGCCGAGAUAUUGAUUCAGAAUGAGAAUAAGAGAAAUAAAUUUAUAAAUGUCUAAUCAUUCGUAUCUUCUAAUAAACAAAUAAUGUAU